AUGUUUGAUGCAAUUAGUGGAGAAAACAUCGUUUUCAAUGCAAUCAAAAGAGCCGAGGAUACUUGUAUCACACGUAACGAGUACAAUGGAACACACUUUGCUGCUAGAGUAUCCACAGUACCGGUAUUGUUCAUUUUAUCCGCUUUGGGGUCGUUUACACCAUUAAUUGCUACAUAUUCCCAGAAAUUUAAAAUGCCAUCAUGGAUUUUCUUCAUGAUCAAGUUUUUCGGUAGUGGUGUCAUUAUAGCCACUGGGUUUAUUCAUUUAUUGGCAGAAUCAUCAGAAGCUCUCACCAAUGAAUGUUUGGGUGCUCCAUUCACUGAGUAUCCAUUUGCUGAAGGUAUAGCGUUAAUUGCGGUUUUCUUCAUCUUUUUCUUUGAUGUUAUCGCUCAGAAGAAGUUGGCUGAAAAGUCCAGAGAGAGGUUUGCUGAACAAUUGCAAGUCAUGGAUAGUUCAACUAGCAAUGAAGACUCUGCAAAGAAGGACUUGGAGGAAAAACAAGCGACUAACUGCUUGACCAAGAUUGAAAACGUUGGAGAUUUCAAAAAAUUUCAGUCGAUUUAUCAAAAAAUCUUGAACUGUAUUGUCUUGGAAUGUGGUAUUGUCCUUCACUCUAUCUUUGUGGGAUUAACCCUUACUAUUUCUGGAGACGAAUUUAUUACAUUAUACGUUGCCAUUGGUUUCCACCAAUUCUUUGAAGGGUUGGGUUUGGGUACAAGAUUUGCUACAACAGAAUGGCCAGAUAAUAAGAAAUACUUACCAUGGGCUAUGUCACUUGCGUACAGUCUUACAACACCAUUUGCUGCUGGUAUUGGUUUAAUAGUGCGUGACUCAUACCCAGUAGAUUCUAGAACUGCAUUAAUUACAGCAGGUACUUUUGAUGCCGCUUGUGCGGGAAUUUUGAUUUACAACAGUAUUGCUGAAUUGAUGGCAUUUGAUUUUAUACACUCUGGUGAAUUCACAGGUUCUCCCAUGACCAGGUUACUCUCUGCAUAUUUUUGCUUGAGUUUGGGAGCAUUUGCAAUGGCUCUUAUUGGUAAAUGGGCAUAA